AUGAAGAAGCGCAGCAUCUCUCCUCCUCCGCUGAGGCGGCCUGCCCGACGACUCCAAGAUGCCGCUCCUCGGUUCUCCCAACUCGGCGCCCCGGCCUCCGGCACACUGCGCGUCUUCUCCUGGAACGUGAACGGCAUCGCGCCCUUCGUGGCGCCGUACCUACAGGCGAGCAUACGGUCUUUCUUCAAGCCGUCGUCGUCGUUAUUUUCAGCAGGCAGGAAGCGCAAACGGGGACCUAGGGAUGACGAGUACUCCAGCACCGACGACGAUGUGAAGCGGUCCGGGGAUGGUAUUGAUGGGCGCGGCCGUGACUUGAGCUUGCGGGGCAUGGAGGACCCGGCGCUGGCGAGGGAGGGGAAGGCGUCGCUCAGGUUGGCGUUGAGGCGGUAUGGAUGGCCGCAUAUCCUUUUCUUGCAGGAGGUCAAGAUCAAAUCGGGCGAUGCGAGGACUAUGGGUGCUGUUCGGAUGGCGGUGAAUGAUGGGUCGCGGGACUUGGGGAGGGGAAGUCGUUAUGAUGACACAGACAGCGGGGAUGAGGGAAGCUCGCGAGGCGAUGGCGGACCUGGGUACGAUGUCCAUUUCAACCUCCCGAGUGACCUUUACAAUGCCAAGGGGUUUGGGGGCAAGGACUUCGCGCAACGAUAUGUUGAGAGGGUUCGGGACGUGCCGUGGGAUCGGGAGGGCCGGAUCCAGGUCAUUGAGACCAGGGCGGUGGAGUUUCCUCCAGGGACCUCUUCAGCACUUCCAAUGGAUGACAAGUACCCCAAGGAUGUUCCUACCGACUUAGAACUAUCAGGUGAGCCUAGCCCCGCCGCCACAAAGUUCGCCAUCGUCAACAUCUACGCCGUCAACGGCACGGACGCCCAAUACCGCUCAACCCACACCGGCGCUUUAGCAGGGACCCGCCACGACCGCAAACUCGCCGUUCACACGGAGCUCCUCCGCGACGCCAAAGCGCUCGAAGCGCAGGGCUUCGCCGUCGUCAUCGCAGGCGACCUGAACAUCGCGCGCAACGCGCGAGAUGGGCACCCCAAUUUGCGGACCUGGCCGCACCAGCACGUGCUGAACAGGAUCGACUUCAAUGACAAGUUCUUCACUGCCAAGAACGUCGACGUAUCUUCGACGAAGGCGAUGUAUGCGACCGAUUCUGACUCGGGCUUGGGCUUGCGACGGGAGAGGGGGUUCGAUGGUAUCGAUACUUUCAGACAUGUUCACGGUGAUGAGAGGCGGUAUAGUUAUCACGGGAGGGGCCGCAAAUGGGGCUCCAGCUGUGAUCGCGUGGAUCUGAUCUUGGCUUCGCGGUCUUUGGCGCGGCGGGUGGUGGAUGCGGGUAUAUGUGAUAGUCCGAGGGAUCGGGGGCCGAGUGAUCAUGUUCCCGUCUGGGUCGAGAUUGGUCAGCCUUCAGCUAAAGGGAACUCAGCGAUAUGA